GGUCUAACUGAACAACCACAGGACACACAUUUCCAACAAUGAUGAAACCCACAAGCAAGAAUCCAACGGAGACAAGUGACCCUCUUUACAAGGGUGUCCGCAAGCGAAAGUGGGGCAAAUGGGUGUCCGAAAUCAGACUACCAAACAGCCGCCAAAGAAUCUGGUUGGGAUCCUACGACACACCUGAAAAAGCCGCUCGUGCUUUCGACGCCGCACUUUUUUGCUUACGUGGCGCCUCUGCCAAGUUUAAUUUCCCCGACAAUCUUCCCGACAUAGAAGGCGGCCGCUCGCUUUCUCCUCCCCAAAUUCAAGCUGCUGCGGUCAAGUUCGCAAAUUCCGAGCCCUCCACUUCGAGAACUCCGUCUGUUUCCGAUUUACAAACGGAAUAUUCAUCUCCGUCUAUUUCAGACUUAGACAGUGACGGUGCCUUUGACGGCGCAUUCUUGGAUUUCUUAAAUACCACCGGUUCCAGUAAUUACGUGCCGGAUUUUGGGGGUUUUUCCCAGUUUGACGAUCUGUCCAGUGAUAUUUUAGCCGCGCCACCUCACACCGUUGAUAAUGGAAACCAAAUUAAUGUUGAUGUUGAUGGGCCUCUAGUGGAUCAUUCGUUUCUAUGGAAUUUCUAGUUCUAGGAUAUUAGUCAAGUCAGAGUAAUGGAAAAUUUUAGAUUCCGGAGUUUCUGACCGCCCAUGUAAAAUUUCGCUUAUCGAUCGGAUAGACCAUUUUUUCA